AUGGAGUACUUGCAAACACAGUUCAACAAACUUAAGUGGGUUUCUGAUUUUAACUUCCACUCCAAAUGUGAGAAACUUAAAAUCAUUAACCUCAGUUUUGUAUAUGAAUUACUUUUAUUCUCUAGAGGCAACACCAAAUUUGUGGAGCUGAUGAUGAAGAAAUUCCAUGAGGUCUCUAAGGCCACUGGGUUGGUAGUGAACCUUCCGUAUUGCAAAGCUUAUUAUGGUGGAGUUGAUGAUCAAAUCAAUAAUGAAAUACAACAUCUCACCUCCUAUGCUGAAGGUAAACUUCUUUUCAGGUAUCUAAGCAUCCCUCUUACUACUAAGAAACUGUUUAAUCAUCACUGUUUUGAGCUUGUUGAAAAACUGGUUAAAAAGACCAUGCACUGGAGCAAUGCUCUUUUGAGCUAUGCAAGUCGUACUCAGCUUAUCUGGAGUUCAUUUGAGAUAUCUCGUAAAUCCCUUAUGGUCUGGAAAAAUGUUUGUGAACCAAAGAGUUUUAGAGGCCUAAACCUCAUAUCCUUCACAUAUUGGAAUAAAGCCAGUCUUUCCAAGUUGCUUUGGGACAUCAAGGGCAAAGCUAACACAUUAUGA